AUGAGAAAAAGAAACUCAUUUUUCUUCUCUUCUUCAACAAAGAAGGCCCUUAAAAAGAGAAAUAAGCACAAGGCAAAACAAAAAGUUAGAGCUGUGUCAGGAAUUCCGGUCAGUUUUGCAGACUCAAGUGUUGAUGACAAUCAAAAUUUUGAGACCAGAUCAUUGAAUGUCGAAAUAGGUUACGAUAGCGAUAAAGAUUCUGAAUCAGAAGGAUUCAAUGUUGAUGAUCUGGAUGACAAUUAUGGCGAUAAUGGAGAUUAUAUUGAGCAUGGGGAUCCAGUUCAAGUCUCGUACAGGCAGUUAGAUUUCAAGCAGAAUGUCGAUCUAGACAGGCUUAGGCAAACUUCGGUUUCUCCACGUCAGCUGGUAUCUAUGAGAGAGGCAAGAAAUGCUGAUGUGAAUGAUGCACUCAAAGGCUUACUGAGUCCGCUUAUUGAUACCCCGGAGACUUUUGAUGCAGAUUUUGGUAGAAAUGAACAAGAAGAUUUGAUCCGCGCUAGCAGCAAAAACCCCACUGCGACUUUGGAAUUAGAUUUGGAUUGUAAUGUGAAAUAUCUAAGUAAAUCUUGGGAAACAUUUGUUGGUACUAGCGUUAGAAAAAUUGUUAAUAAGCCCAUCUCAAAGAUCAUUAUGGGGGAUGAUGAUGACAAGGAUGUAUUUAAACGAGCUAUUGAGAUCAUGAACCAAGACGAUGCAAGUUAUAGGGUUCGCUUCAUUGUGGCAAAAAAUCACAUUACGGACUACGAUGAUUUGGAAAGCAAUAAAACUGGAAGCUCUACAUCACAAGAAAUUGAGGCCGAUCUCACUUUGGGUGAAAGUCAUUUACAGCUAUCGCCCUCGUCUGAAACUUCCAGAACCAGUUCAGGUUCAGACCUUUCUACAAAUGAUGAAUUUAUAGAACUAGAGGGUCAGGGUAUUUUGAUUCAUGAUAUUACUACUAAAGAGCCAACACAUUCAAUGUGGCUUUUGAGACCUUACAUUGAGCAUAAUUUUCUGAUCGAGCUUCCUAAAGGUCUAGCAGAAAUUCUAGGUUUCGGCGCUGAUUUAUUUGCUGCUUACUUAAAGUACAUAACCGAUUCUGGAAUCACUGAUGAAAUUUCGGCCCCUGUACCUGGCCAGUUAUUUUGUAAUAUAUGUGAGCGACAAGUGCCAUGUUGGUGGCUAGAACGUCAUUCGGAAAUCUGCUAUGCUGAAUCAAAAGCUGAGAGUGAUUUGCAGAUAGCUCAUGACAAUGUCAUGGACCAUCGCAAUUUAAUAAAUUCAAUUGCCACUCUGAAAGUUAACGAUUAUAAAGGGUUGCGGAUUCCUAUUGCUAGCGAUAUCACCACACCAAACUUAAUCACCAGCAGAAAUCUAUCUACCACUUUGCGAUUUCCUUUUAGAACACUACAUUCUCUAACUGAAUUAUGUGACGAAGCAAUCAAUAUUGAUCCUGCCGAUUUUGAAUCUGAUGAUGAAAAACCUUCAAAAGAUACCAGCAAGAUAGAAAAGGAGUUCAACGAUAUCUUUGAAUGGCAUAUUCCAAAAUCAAAUGAUAAGGCCAUCAACACUCUUAUUGAAGAUACAGAAUAUAUCUGCAAAACCAAAGCGGAGGCCAUGCUAAGAGUUCUAAAUACCCAAAGUUACCAUGAACAAUUGAAAAAUGAGGUUGAUGGGUUAGUUAUUAGAGCGGUUCAUGAUACUGUGGCAAAAAUCAAUGAACACUUGCAGGGAGUCAAUGUCAAUCUGGCAAAUGAUACAUAUUCAUCACCUAUCAUAGCUGCUGCAAACACGAGCUCUCCUGACUUAAUUUACAACUACAUGGAUAAAGAGGUUACUCCUACAGUUAGCUCAAGGGCAACUUUUGAAGCUUUCAAUAGUAAUAUUAAUAGCAGAGCCCCAUCGGUACCUUCGCCACUAAGAAAUAAUUCAGGCUGCUCUAUGCAAAGACAGCCAAGCUCAUCUUCAAUAUUAAGUGACCGGAAGAGUUUUUACAACAUGGAAACUGAUCAAUUAGCAGAGUCGUUCAAAGAUAUAUCAUUGCUAGAUUCAAACAAAAAUGGUAGUACUGGAUCUUUCAAAAAGCCAAAAGACAUUAUUAAUCAACCAACCCCAGUCCCAAUCUUACCAGCACAAGGAUCUCCUAGAAGGCCUUAUUCCCCCGGCCCAAUUGUGAGCUCGCCAUUAACAUCAAUCCAGAGAAACAACAAGAGUCAAAAUAAUUUGUUUCUUAAUAGCAAUGACUCUUCAGUUUUUCCCAAACCAAACACUGCAAACUCACUGCCUCUAUUGCUUGGCGGUGAUGGCAACAAUGUAAAUAAUGUUUUUCUUGAUUAUCCAAGAAAAGACUCGGAAGAUGGGAGUCAUUACAGCGCAACUCCUACAAAUUCACUCUUGGCACAGCAAAAUGCUAAUAAUAAACCUCCAUUGUCACCAUUAUUAAUAUCUACAUUUUCUGGUUCAAAACCCGCUGGCCCAAGUAUCAAGGAUUAUGAGAUUCUCAAACCGAUCAGUAAGGGUGCAUUUGGUAGUGUUUAUUUGGCAAGGAAGAAGGUCAACGGAGAAUACUUUGCAAUUAAGGUUUUAAAGAAAUCAGAUAUGGUGGCGAAAAACCAGGUCACAAAUGUCAAAGCUGAAAGGGCGAUAAUGAUGUCUCAAUCGAACAGUCCAUUCGUGGCAAAAUUGUUUUCCACUUUCCAGACAAGAAACUAUUUAUUUUUGGUCAUGGAAUAUUUGAGUGGUGGUGAUUGUGCAUCAUUGUUAAAAGUGUUAGGAACCCUUCCUGAAGAGUGGGCUAAAAGAUAUGUCGCAGAAAUCGUGGUUAGUGUUGAUGACUUGCACAAAAAGGGGAUUGUUCAUAGAGAUUUGAAACCAGAUAAUUUCUUGAUUGAUUCAAAUGGUCAUUUGAAGCUAACUGAUUUUGGAUUAUCAAGAAUGGGUUUAGUUGGAAGACAAUAUAGACAUCAGAAUGCUGGUAAUGGCAACAUUAAUGGCCUGGCUGGAAUCAGCUUUGAUUCUGAGGGGAAUUUACCAUUAUCGAAUCCUGCCAACUCUAAAAAGAGUACUCCUAUUGUUCCUUUGCUUAGUGAACAUAAAAGAUCAAUUUCUUAUGCUUCGAGUAUUAGUAGUAGUGAUAGUGGUAAUAACAAUAGUGGUUCAAACUUUUUGUUUAACAACAGCCAUAACAGUGAUGCAAAGAGUAAUUCAAUUAACCAUAAUAGCCCAACCACAGCUUGGUUUGAGAAUUUAAUGAAACAGGAAAAAUCAAAUUCCGGAUUAACAGGGUCUCCGAGAAGUAAUAGUUUAGCUGCCCUUAAUAACAAUUUACUCUCCAAUGACGUGGGUGGAUCUCCGGUUCUCAAACCUUUGCAUCGUUCUAAUUCCCAAACCUCAUUUGCAUUGCUUGAUGAUGAUAUUUCCUUGAAUAAUCAAACUCCAAAAAAUUUCGCAUUAUUUAAUCCACUGUCUUCAGCAGAAACAAGGAGGUUUGUUGGUACUCCGGAUUACUUGGCGCCAGAAACUAUUGAGGGCUUGGGUCAAAAUGAGGCCAGUGAUUGGUGGUCUUUGGGAUGCAUUUUGUUUGAGUUCUUAUUUGGAUAUCCACCAUUCCAUGCCAAUAAUAUUAAUCAAGUUUUCGAAAAUAUUUUGAGUGGUAAAAUUGAGUGGAGUGAUUUAACAGAAGAAGAAAUCCAGGAAAUUUGCUCACCUGAGGCUAGAGAUUUGAUUGUGAGAUUAUUGAAUGUUGACCCAAGGCAAAGAUUGGGUAAUAAUGGUGCCAUGGAAAUUAAGCAACAUAUCUUUUUCAAGGAAAUUGAUUGGGAACGUCUAUGGGAUGAAGAGGCCUCUUUCAUCCCUGCUGUUGAUAAUGUUGAGAAUACAGAUUAUUUCGAUUCUAGGGGGGCUACAAUGAAUGCGGAUAUAUAUGACAAGGAUGAUGAUGCGUUGGCAAUGGAAAAUGACAAGCAAUUACUGGAGUUAUUUAAGCCCAAUAAUGAAAACUAUGGCACAACACCAGCUGGGGUAGAAAAUUGGCUCAAUGACAAUGAAGAUGAUGCCAAUAUUGAUAACCCUGCUGGUUGUGAAAUUUUGGAGAGUGGUUAUAAUGGUAAUAGCAGUAAUAGCCAAAAUUUGGGAUCACCAUCAUUAGUUAAGCGCGAAAGACGGAAAAGCGCCAGGCUCAAUGAUUCUUCUGGCGAAUUUGGAUCUUUUCAGUAUAGGAAUCUUACUGCAUUGGAAAAGGCUAAUAAAGAUAUUAUCAACAGAUUAAAAUCAGAACAUUUGGAUCACAAGAAUAAUAUUUCUAACUCUUCAUCAGACUCAGUCAAUACGAAAACAAGAGGAUUUUCUUUCAGUUCCAGUUUGACAAACUCUCCUCAUUCUGUUAAACCUCCGAUAUCCGCGGGAGCGAACAUUGCAUCACCUGCAAAAUCCAGUUUUCCAGGUUUUGUUGGUCACUCUAAUUCAUUUCCUCUGAAUCAUAAUGCAGGCUCUCCGAUUUUGAAGCUUGAUAAAACCAAUAGCGCACAUUCACUUAGUAUUCAGGAUGAGGCUCUUUUAAGUACUGAAUCUUCUGGUAGAGCCAGUCCAAUAAGUACGUUACAAAACUCUAAGCAUGGAAGCGCUAGCUCUGAUACCAAAGAAAAUAUCUCUUGUGAGAAUACCGAAUUCGCGGUACCUAUGGUAUAUCCAAAGAAUAUGGCCAAGCUCUCUCCUGCAAUUUUUGGACAGCAACCUAGUGGUAGCCCAACAUUAAAGCCUAUCAAUAGAGCUGCUAUAUAUGGGAAAGCCUUUGCUGAUGUCUCACCUUCGAGUUCAGAUAAUGAGGAUUCUAGAAACUCUGCCAUCUUGCGAAUUAAGAGAAGGAGAUCUAGACGGGUUGGCUCGCAGAAUUCUAACAACAGUGUCAAUAUUAGUAAGAUGGCUACUACAUCUUUAGCUCAUAAGCACUCAAUUUCCAGUACCGGCGAGGAUUUGAAAUUUAAAUCGGUUGAUGUUCUACUAUGUGAGCCAAUUCCUAUUUUCAGAUACUCUGCAAGAAAGAUUUUGGCAAAGCUUGGUUGCAAUGUGGUUGCUGUUGGUAGUGGUGAUGAAAUCGUUAGAAGAAUUUCUGGCCAAGUUAAAUUUGAUAUUAUUUUGACCACUAUCAAAGGUGAAAAACUCAGUUUGAAUGAUAUUAUCAGAUUGAUCAGAUUUACUAAUACCAUCAAUUCCAAUACGCCAAUAGUAGCAUUAACUUCCUAUUACAAGGAAGCAGUUGCUUUAAAGAUAUUUGAUGAUGUGAUUGAAAAACCUGCAACGCCAGCAAAAUUAGAACUGGUUUUGUCAAAAUUUGUUUCCUCAAAAUAUGAUAUUGCUUCUGAUGCUGAAAGUAUAAUAUCCGUUAACAGAGGUCCUGAAUAG